AUGGAGAACCCACUUCUUUUAUUCCCCCAGCUAAACAUUUCUGCUUCAAAGGAUAAAUCCUAUUACAAAGUCAUGAAAUCAACGAUUAAAGAAGAGCCACAUAAAGCAAGCAAGCCUGGAGCUAAACAGAAGAGAAAUAGGCUGAGCCUUCUCCUGCAGAAAUCUGAGUUCCAUGAAGGUGAUCAUCCUGGUAAACCUGGAAACUUGACAAAAACAGCAAGCAAUGUGUCUCCUGAAGAAGCAAUGAAAUGGGGAGAAUCUUUUGACAGACUGCUUUCUGAGAAAGCUGGAUUGGAUGCCUUUACAAAGUUCCUGAAGACUGAGUUCAGUGAGGAGAACAUCGAGUUCUGGAUAGCUUGCGAGGAUUACAAGAAAAGCAAAACUGCACAUGAACUUUUGCCAAAAGCUAAGACCAUUUUUGAAACAUUCAUACAGAAGGAUGCUCCAAAAGAGGUGAAUUUGGACUUUCAAACCAAAGAAGUCACGAGUCAGAAUAUUGAACGGCCCGUCAUCACCACCUUUGAUGCAGCACAAAACACAGUCUACAGGCUGAUGGAGCAAGACAGCUACCCGCGCUUCCUAAGAUCUGAUCCUUAUUUAAAUUUGGUUAAGGGGAGGAAUCCCAGUCGUCCCACCCUUAGGAGACGAUCGCGGUCUUUUACUGUCAGUGAUUUCCAGGGUGUACGACCAGACUUUACUGUUUGA